CCUCUGCCCCACCUUCCCAGCCCGAUGAGAGGCAGUGACUGCCGCCGUCACGUGUGCUGGCAGCCGCCAAGUGAGGCCGCUUUUGCGACGCGGUGACAGCCAAAUGGUGCGACAGGAGGAGCUGCAGCCGCUGCCGCAGCGCCCCGCACGGAGAGACUUGAGGCGGCUCCUGGCGUCGCCCAGAGGGAGCGACUAGGCGAACAGUCCGGUGCGGGCGGCGGCGGCGGCGGGCGGGCGGCGAGAGGAAGCCCGCUACGAGUGCCCUCGCUCCCCCGCCGCUCUCGAUGAACCGGACGGAAUAAGCCGCGCCUCCAGCAGGGGCUGCGCCUCCAUGAAUCCCUAGUUUUUGUGUUUUUUUUUUUCUUUCUUUCCCCGUUCCUCACCCCCCACCCUGAGCCCCGUCCCGCCUUCUCCCUUUGCCAGCGGCGGCCGCCUCCAGGUGCGGAGUCCAUACCGGAGCGCAAUGGCGUCCAACCCCGAACGGGGGGAGAUUAUGCUCACGGAACUGCAGGGGGAUUCCCGAAGUCUUCCGUUUUCUGAGAAUGUGAGUGCUGUUCAAAAAUUAGACUUUUCAGAUACAGUGGUGCAACAGAAAUUGGAUGAUAUCAAGGAUCGAAUUAAGAGAGAAAUAAGGAAAGAACUGAAAAUCAAAGAAGGAGCUGAAAAUCUGAGGAAAGUCACAACAGAUAAAAAGAGUUUGGCUUAUGUAGACAACAUUUUGAAAAAAUCAAAUAAAAAAUUAGAAGAACUUCAUCACAAGCUACAGGAAUUAAAUGCACAUAUUGUUGUAUCAGAUCCAGAAGAUAUUACAGAUUGCCCAAGGACUCCAGAUACUCCAAAUAGUGACCCUCGUUGUUCUACUAGCAACAAUAGAUUAAAGGCUCUACAAAAACAAUUGGAUAUAGAACUUAAAGUAAAACAAGGUGCAGAGAAUAUGAUACAGAUGUAUUCAAAUGGAUCUUCAAAGGAUCGGAAACUCCAUGGUACAGCUCAGCAACUGCUCCAGGAUAGCAAGACAAAAAUAGAAGUCAUACGAAUGCAGAUUCUUCAGGCAGUCCAGACUAAUGAAUUGGCUUUUGAUAAUGCAAAACCUGUGAUAAGUCCUCUUGAACUUCGGAUGGAAGAAUUAAGGCAUCAUUUUAGGAUAGAGUUUGCAGUAGCAGAAGGUGCAAAGAAUGUAAUGAAAUUACUUGGCUCAGGAAAAGUAACAGACAGAAAAGCACUUUCAGAAGCUCAAGCAAGAUUUAAUGAAUCAAGUCAGAAAUUGGACCUUUUAAAGUAUUCAUUAGAGCAGAGAUUAAAUGAACUCCCCAAGAAUCAUCCCAAAAGCAGUAUUAUUAUUGAAGAACUGUCACUUGUUGCAUCACCAACACUAAGUCCACGUCAAAGUAUGAUAUCUACACAAAAUCAAUAUAGUACACUAUCCAAACCAGCAGCAUUAACAGGUACUUUGGAAGUUCGUCUUAUGGGCUGCCAAGAUAUCCUAGAGAAUGUCCCUGGACGGUCAAAAGCAACAUCAGUUGCACUGCCUGGUUGGAGUCCAAGUGAAACCAGAUCAUCUUUCAUGAGCAGAACGAGUAAAAGUAAAAGCGGAAGUAGUCGAAAUCUUCUAAAAACCGAUGACUUGUCCAAUGAUGUCUGUGCUGUUUUGAAGCUUGAUAAUACUGUGGUUGGCCAAACUAGCUGGAAGCCCAUUUCCAAUCAGUCAUGGGACCAGAAGUUUACACUGGAACUAGACAGGUCACGUGAACUGGAAAUUUCAGUUUAUUGGCGUGAUUGGCGGUCUCUGUGUGCUGUAAAAUUUCUGAGGUUAGAAGAUUUUUUAGACAACCAACGGCAUGGCAUGUGUCUCUAUUUGGAACCACAGGGUACUUUAUUUGCAGAGGUUACCUUUUUUAAUCCAGUUAUUGAAAGAAGACCAAAACUUCAAAGACAAAAGAAAAUUUUUUCAAAGCAACAAGGCAAAACAUUUCUCAGAGCUCCUCAAAUGAAUAUUAAUAUUGCCACUUGGGGAAGGCUAGUAAGAAGAGCUAUUCCUACAGUAAAUCAUUCUGGCACCUUCAGCCCUCAAGCUCCUGUGCCUACUACAGUGCCAGUGGUUGAUGUACGCAUCCCUGAACUAGCACCUCCAGCUAGUGAUUCUACAGUAACCAAAUUGGACUUUGAUCUUGAGCCUGAACCUCCUCCAGCCCCACCACGAGCUUCUUCCCUUGGAGAAAUAGAUGAAUCUUCUGAAUUAAGAGUUUUGGAUACACCAGGACAGGAUUCAGAGACUGUUUUUGAUAUUGAGAAUGACAGAAAUAGUAUACUUCCAAAAUCUCAAUCUGAAUACAAGCCUGAUACUCCUCAGUCAGGCCUAGAAUAUAGUGGUAUUCAAGAACUUGAGGAUAAAAGAUCUCAGCAAAGGUUUCAGUUUAAUCUACAAGAUUUCAGGUGUUGUGCUGUCCUGGGAAGAGGACAUUUUGGAAAGGUGCUUUUAGCUGAAUAUAAACACACAAAUGAGAUGUUUGCUAUAAAAGCCUUAAAGAAAGGUGAUAUUGUGGCUCGAGAUGAAGUAGACAGCUUGAUGUGUGAAAAAAGAAUUUUUGAAACUGUGAAUAGUGUAAGGCAUCCCUUUCUGGUGAACCUUUUUGCAUGUUUCCAAACCAAAGAGCAUGUUUGCUUUGUAAUGGAAUAUGCUGCCGGUGGGGACCUAAUGAUGCACAUUCAUACUGAUGUCUUUUCAGAACCAAGAGCUGUAUACACCCAUCCUUUACUUCAGCCACACCAGACUUACUUGUUAUCAAACGUGUUAACGCCUUUUGCACCUCUAUUUCUUUUUUCUCUCAGAUUUUAUGCUGCUUGUGUAGUUCUUGGGUUGCAGUAUUUACAUGAACACAAAAUUGUUUAUAGAGAUUUGAAAUUGGAUAACUUAUUGCUAGAUACAGAGGGCUUUGUGAAAAUUGCUGAUUUUGGUCUUUGCAAAGAAGGAAUGGGAUAUGGAGAUAGAACAAGCACAUUUUGUGGCACUCCUGAAUUUCUUGCCCCAGAAGUAUUAACAGAAACUUCUUAUACAAGGGCUGUAGAUUGGUGGGGCCUUGGCGUACUUAUAUAUGAAAUGCUUGUUGGUGAGUCUCCCUUUCCUGGUGAUGAUGAAGAGGAAGUUUUUGACAGUAUUGUAAAUGAUGAAGUAAGGUAUCCAAGGUUCUUAUCUACAGAAGCCAUUUCUAUAAUGAGAAGGCUGUUAAGAAGAAAUCCUGAGCGGCGCCUUGGGGCUAGCGAGAAAGAUGCAGAGGAUGUAAAAAAGCACCCAUUUUUCCGGCUAAUUGAUUGGAGCGCUCUGAUGGACAAAAAAGUAAAGCCACCAUUUAUACCUACCAUAAGAGGACGAGAAGAUGUUAGUAAUUUUGAUGAUGAAUUUACCUCAGAAGCACCUAUUCUGACUCCACCUCGAGAACCUAGGAUACUUUCGGAAGAGGAGCAGGAAAUGUUCAGAGAUUUUGACUACAUUGCUGAUUGGUGUUAAGUUGCUAGACACUGCGAAAUCAAGCUGACUGACUCACAAGAAGACCUCUUAAAAAUAGCAACCCUUCAUUUGCUCUCUGUGCCACCAAUAGCUUCUGAGUUUUUUGUUUUUUUUUUUAAUUGAAACACGUGAAGAUUUGUUGAAAAGUACCAUUCUAAUACUUCUUGAAAAGUGGCUUCUCAUUGUACUUCAGCGUAAAUAUGAGCACUGGAAACAGUUUCAUGGAGUUUGAGUGAACAUCGGCUAUGAAAAUCCAUCACAAAUACUUUUGGAUCAAUAGUCUAUUUUUAAAAAGAAAGAAAAAAAACCACUUUUUUUUAUAGCCCCUAGCUUUGCCAUAUGCCCACCUUAAGUGGAAGGAAAAUUAAUCACUUAACUAUGUUUUACAAAAAGUAAAAAAGGGCUUGGAAUGCUAUUACUGUUCACACAAAGUAUGAUUCUGUUUGAAUAAUACAAAUGCUGUUUUUUUUAAAGACAUUACUGUAAUAUCAAAAAACGUAGCAGUUUGUAUACAAUUUGGGGCUCGAUCUUUUAAAAAAACAGAAUGAAUUGAUGUCUUAUUUUAUAAAUGUUCUAUAUUUAUUAGGAGAAAACUUUAUAUUGCCUUAUUUUUAUCAACCAUGUAACAGAGGCUUAUAGCUUUCCAGCGGAGCUGCUUGCCAAACAAUUUUGUUUUUAUUAAACAGUGCUGAAACAAACAAGAUCAGCAUUUACUUAAGAUGUUAAGAAUGAGGACUUUUAAUCAGCUGAACCAAGAUAUUGUUACCUGUAUGCAUUCCCAAAGUCUAGAUGCUCAGUAUGUUCAGUCAUAUCUUCCAGAAUCAGUGAACCGGUUACCCCUUUUUUGAUACUCACUCUACAUCUGCCAACCUAGUUCACCUUGGUUUUGUGUCUGCUGUAGAAGGGAACUAUACCUUGGUUAAACCGUAGAGAUUAUCAUUGUAUACAUGCUGUGAACAUGUAUAUGUGCAAGUUUUAAUGUAUUCUAUGUUGUAGGCUUAUUUAAUUUUACCACUUCAUCACUUUUGUACAGUGGCCAAGCAGACACCUCAAACUCCAGCAUUUACAUUAAGUGCAUUUGUAUAUUUUAGGCCACUGGAUCCAGAUUUUAUAUUGGCAGUUACUGAGGGCAAAAGCAAUAUAUUGUAACAGAAUGUAUAAAUAUUUUUGAUAAAACAGUCUAUAUUUUAUAAAAAAAAAUUAAUUAUAACACUAAAGCUGUACCUCAAAAGUCUCAAAAAUAAUUUGAUCAAAUAUUUUAUACAACUCUUCAAAGGAUCCGUCUGUGGCUUUUUAUACUCUUCUAGGAUUGUCUUUUUGCAAACCAUGACUUUCCACUUGCCUGUAGUUUUUUGUUUGUUUUGGUUUGGUUUGAUUUUAUAUUUUUUUCUCCUAAUCUAUGACUUUAUUGUUUUUUCUUAGUUUAGUAAUAGCAUCUUUGAUCCUGUGCUUAGCAUGUUAGGGUCAUUAUACCUCAGGAAUAGCAAGCUGUUAAGUAACCAUACUGAAUUAACUAUUUAAUCACAGUGAGCUCAUCUCUUAAAAAUUGUUCAGGUGUAAAUCUUAUGAGAAACAUGAAGAAGCACACUGAUUUAUGGAGAGUUGAGCUAAAAACAUUUAUAAAUAUUUGCUGGGAUGUUUUAGCAUCUUUUCAUUGUAUUCUGAGAACAAUUAAAAUUGUCCAGAGAUCAUUUAUAUUACCUUCCAAAUUGUUAAUUACCCAAGAUCCUUUGGGAGAAAAUCUUAAUAGAAAGGGGGAACAAUAUGUGGUUUAAAGUUAUUGUUAAAUGCCAGUUAACUUCCUUGGCAAAGGACAGUAGAGGAACUUAACUUAAUUGUCUGGCUUUAAUUUAAACAGUGUUAAUACAACAUUAAAAUAAAACACUAAAUACUUUUGAGGUACAGUCUGCUCACUUUUUUGGUUCUCAAAUAGCAAAGAAAGUAAUGUCUAAAAUAGGCUUUUAGCAUUAAAAACUGACAUAGCAUUUUGUAACUACACAGUGUACAGAAUUUUUUUUUAAUUGAAGUCAAUCACUAAAAAAAUUAGAGGGCAGGGUCUAUUUACACAAUUAAGCUGAAGAAAGCACUAAUUUUUUGUAGUUUAAAAAAUAUAUUUUAGUCAGAUUUAAAAUUUUAAGCUUUAUAGAGUGUAAAUAUAUUUUGCUAUUACUGUAUAUGUAUGUGACUGCUCAAGCACUUUGUAAAGAAAUUAGGAUAUUUUAGAAUGGUACACUAUGCAUUCAAAUGAAAUGUGCCUUUCACUAUGUCAUUCUAAGAAAACAAGUGUUUUGCAGUCAUAAAUUAUCACAAGUGCACAAAUUAAAGUCUAUAUAGAUUGAAAUUUGUAACUUUGGCUUAAGUAUUCUUUCUUUUUAGAAACUUCCUAAUGACUAAAAUACACUUUAACUUUUCUGUGUUCAAAAUCUCAAAGACUAAUUAACUUGAGUAAACGUUCUUGCAAGUA